AUGGGAUCCAAAGAAAUGCACGUUGAAGAGAGCCUGGUUGAGGAUGAAGAAUUGAAAGAAUUUGAUGAUAAUGAGGAAGAUCUGGUCGUUCAAGAUAUGGAGGACAUACAAAAUGAGGAUGUUCCUAACGGCGUAUCGGCGCGCGGCAUACCUGAAAAGCUUCUAGACAUCCCAGAGUUCACAAGGAAGGACAAAACGUUGAAUGAGAUUUUGGACAUGAUGGAGGAAAACCCACCAAUUAUACCUGAUGCAGUGAUAGAUUUUUACCUGACGCGAAACGGCUUUGAUUGUUCUGACGUCAGAGUUAAACGAUUGCUGGCCCUAGCCACACAGAAAUUCGUGAGCGAUAUUGCUGGCGACGCAUAUGAAUACUCGCGUAUCAGAUCCGCUAUCACUGUGCAUAAUUCGAACAAUGGACAAGCGAGAGCUCGACAGCUGAUAUUGGGUCAGCAGCAACCGGGACAAUUAACCCAGCAACAGCAGCAACAAAAUGAAAAAACUAAAGCUAAUAAGGUUGUCUUGACGGUAAAUGAUCUCAGCAGCGCUGUGUCAGAGUAUGGUCUUAAUGUCACGAGACCUGAUUUUUACCGUUGA